AUGCAAGAAAGGAAGCAGAGGACAGCCUCCAUUGAUUUGAAUAGCAUUCUCGACACACGUGUCGCAGUGGCACAAAUAUCCUUGAUAAAGAAACCUAGCCAAAGCAAGACAAGCUCGGUAAAAGCUCCAUCAGAAAUCAUUGAGAAUGCCCGAGACGGCGUCUACCGAGCCGUCCUAAAUCUUAGCGCCAAGUACUUGGGGUUACAAAAACCCAACAAGACUUCCGGUCAAUACCACUCUGUCAAGGGUACUGCCGUCGAGGCCGUCGGUAACCUUACUGGUGCCCAGUCGUGGCAGCAGAGCGGCAAGGAGGAGCACGCCGCUGGCGAGGCUGAGCUCAAUGCGGCCAAGGCCAAGGGCUACGUUGAGGGUACCGCGGAUCGCGUAGAGGGCAAGAAGGACUCCAUCGUCGGUGCUGUAACUGGUGACAAGCAACAGCAAGCUCAGGGUAACCUUCAACAUGACAAGGGCCAGGCCCAACAGGAGGUUAACAAGCACUAA